AUGAAAGCAGUCAAGGACAUCCACUUCCAUCAGUUGAUGGAGAGAGACAGCGAGAUACCGGCAGAUGGAGUGCCAGUAAAGGAUGGGGAACAGCUGUCUAUGGAAGACACCACGUCCAUCCUGCCUCGUCUGAAGAGAAACAACUCCAAUAACUAUGGGAUCGGUGCUCUGGCUAAGUCCUCACUGACAGGUGUGUCAGGUGUGAAUCGCUCCAUGAAGGACAAGGUGACCAAGCCUACAUCCAUGGCCCAAGGCCGGAUGGCACACAUGAUCGAGUGGCAGAACUGGGAUAUGUCUGUGGUGGGCCCGGGGGGCGUCUCCGUCCCACGCAAGUCCACGGCAGAGCAGGAGAUGGAGAGACGGUUGGAGAGCGACGCCUACAGCGACCUCAGCGACGGGGAGAAGGAGGCUCGCUUCGCCGCAGGUAUCCUGCAGCAGUUUGCCAUCUCCCAGGCAACGCUCAUGGCCUGGACCUCCAUGGAUGGAGAGAGCCUGAGGUCAGGGUCCAACCAGGGCAGUGUGGCCCACCUCAGCGAGGUUAACCAGGAGAGCAUCACCAGCCGAGACCAGAUAUUGCACCACUCUUCUGCGGACAUGUGGCCCAACACCUAUGUCGCCCAGGGCCUCUACUGCCUCUCCUCCUCUGACGCCUGGGAGCCAAUCAGCAAUGAGCCCUCCGGAGUGGCCUCUCCCGCUGCUGGCUCCUACGUGAUGCAGCAGGGCGGGACUUCCUGUGAUGGGUAUGAUGGGAACGCGUUGCUGCAGCAGCAGCAGCAGCAGCAGCAGCAGUUCAACCUACAGCAGCAGAGUCAGCUCCAGCAGCUGCAGCAGCUACAACAGAUACAGCACUACCAGCAACAGCAGCUCCUGUAUCAGCAACAACAGUCUCUGGAGCAAAGGCUGCACAGCGCCAACCACUCGUUGCAAGCCACGCCCAACAGCACCAUCCACAGCCUGGCCCCUGCCACCCACGCCCCAUUGGUGGACCUGUGGGGGGCUGGUCAGACAGAGUCCUAUCACGCGGAUAUUGGAGGGUACAACAUAGGCGUGGCAGCGGUGGUGGAGGCGGCUUUGAAUGUUCCGUCUGGGGAAGAGGGGGCGGGGACAGACCAUUCCCCUCUGCUGGAGCAGCAGGAGGAGGAGGAUGAACUGAAGGACGAGGAGGUGACACUCUGCAUGGAGCCGGAGUCUGCCACUCUAACACAGAGAGAGGAAGCCAUCACCUCCGGGGGCAGUAGUCCUGGGCAACGUAGUCCGGGGCGCAGUAGUCCGGGGCAACCACCAGCACAGCAAAUCACAGAGCGGAAGGCCUCUGAUGUCAGCUGUGGAGGCAUCCAGAUGCUGGAGGAGAAGGAAGAGAAGCAGGUGUCCACUGUUGCUGCCAUGGCAACCAACUGA